GCGAGCCCAGCCGGGCCAGAGAGCCGGCGAGGCGGGAGCGCGGCGCGGCCGCCGCGGAGCCGUCCUUGGGGGGAAAAAGACCCAGAAAACCAAAACCCUGGUGGUUUGGGGCCUCAGUGCAGUCCGCGCGUGCCCAUAGUCCACGGGCGACCUUUCCAAACUAUGCGGAGAUCCGUGUCCAGGUGUCCCUCUCUGUGAUGGAGAAGUAUGAGAAGAUCGGCAAGAUCGGCGAAGGAUCCUAUGGCGUCGUUUUCAAAUGCAGAAACAGGGACACGGGCCAGGUCGUGGCCAUCAAGAGGUUCCUGGAAUCCGAAGAUGACCCUGUCAUAAAGAAAAUCGCCCUUCGGGAAAUCCGCAUGCUCAAGCAACUCAAGCAUCCCAACCUCGUCAACCUCCUGGAAGUGUUCAGGAGGAAGCGGAGGCUUCACUUGGUGUUCGAGUACUGCGACCACACGGUGCUCCACGAGCUGGACCGACACCAGCGGGGGGUGCCAGACCAUCUCGUGAAGAGCAUAACUUGGCAGACACUGCAGGCCGUGAACUUCUGCCACACCCACAACUGCAUACAUAGAGAUGUGAAACCAGAAAAUAUCCUCAUCACAAAACAUUCCGUGAUUAAGCUUUGUGACUUUGGAUUUGCUCGCUUAUUGACCGGCCCCAGUGACUACUACACAGACUACGUGGCUACCAGGUGGUACCGCUCCCCUGAGCUGCUGGUGGGAGACACGCAGUACGGGCCCCCAGUCGAUGUUUGGGCGAUUGGCUGUGUGUUCGCAGAACUGAUGUCAGGGGUGCCUCUGUGGCCUGGAAAAUCAGAUGUGGAUCAGCUCUACCUGAUUAGGAAAACCCUGGGGGAUCUCAUUCCCAGGCACCAGCAAGUCUUCAGCACCAAUCAGUACUUCAGCGGGGUGCAAAUUCCCGACCCUGAAGCGCUGGAACCCCUUGAAUUAAGAUUUCCAAACAUAUCUCAUCCUGCCCUGGGACUCUUAAAGGGCUGCCUGCACAUGGACCCUGCUCAGAGGCUGACCUGUGAACAGCUGCUGCAGCACCCCUACUUUGACAGCAUCCGAGAAACAAGAGAGCUGGCCAAAGACCACGACAAACCAACAAGGAAAACCUUAAGACAAAGCCGAAAGCACCUGCCUGGGCUGCAGUACUUACCCCAGCUCACGAGCAGCAGCAUCCUUCCUGCUCUGGAUAACAAGAAGUACUACUGUAAUACGAAGAAGCUGGACUACCGUUUCCCAAACAUCUAAGGAGCUAGGGGAUUGAUGCCAACGGAAUGGAUCAGUUAUUUGAAAAGAAAUGUUACGCAUCUGACUGAAAACAAUUACAAUGUUGGGAACACACCAGGAGAAAACACAAGCCAAUAACUGGGAGGCCUCUUGGCAAGGAAUGAAGGGAGAUUCCAGACCCAGUCUUCCAUGCCUGACUGUAGUGUCCAGAAGAGAAAAGAAAGACUUGUUUGGAAUUGUACUUUUGUCUUUGUUUAUCUAAGCAGUCAAGUUUAUGGAUGGAGUAUAAACUGUAUCUACUGCCUAUGCUACUGGCAAAAUUAGAUGAUGUCAAAGAUUUCUGUUUCAGUUAGACCACAUGCCCCAGGGGAAAAAUGGGUUACAGAAUGCCCAUAUGUGUGUCUGCAGCACUCUGGCGCCUUGAGUCUGAUCACACCCCCCUUUCAAAUUGUCUCAACAUCAUAUUUAAGGAUAGUUUUAGUUCCUAAAAUCAAAAUGUUUAAAAUUCCAUUUCCUGUUUGUUCUCUCUCUUGAUUUUGAUAUUUAAAAACAAUUUUUGAGGAUAUUUAAGUUCAAAAUAUUUAAAAUCACAUGGAUUAUCAUAAAGACUUCAUAGUCCAUUGCUGAAAGUUUUAAAGCCAUGCUGAUGCGCUGCUACUAGACUUUUGCCUUUCCCUUCAGUGAAGACUGCCUCUUGGUCAGACUGCAGAUGGGAUGGACUUACUGGAAUCCAUAUGUUCUUGCUGACCCGUUUCUCUUCGCAAACAAUGCAUGAAGCUUGGCUGCUGCCCAAGGUGGUCAAGGAGUAGAACAAGUCCUACAGGCUUUGCAGGAACUGAACCUGUCAGCCUGAAAAUGAAUACUACUUCAUUUUCUCCAGCUCAGCCUCACACUUGGAGAUAGAUCUACAGGGAGAACUGUAUAUACUGAUCAGGGUUUUGGAAGGAACUGCUUCUGAGCUUUUAACUCGAGUCAUGAAAGUUGUUAGCUUGUAAAUCGAUGUUUUCCCUGAAACAUCUUUUUACAUUUUUAUGCACACACACACAUACACACACAUAUGUGUAUGUAUAUCUUACCUAACAAGUAAUAUAUUACAAAUAAUAAGUUAGUUUAAAAUGACAUUAUUGAGGACAUUGAGGAUUCCUAGCCUUGUACAGUAAGACUGAAGUUGAUGACAUGUAAGUAGCUUUGAUUUGGCCAACUGCUCCUAACCCAUAAGCUUUUUCAUCCUUGUUCUAUGGACACAGGGCAACAUGUAGCUCCAUGUCUGUUUCUUACAGCUCAAUACUGUUUCUUCUGUGUAUGCUGCCACUGUUUCCUUGUAGUUCUCAGCCAUAGUUUCAAAGUUGUAUUUUAUUGUACCUUCAGAACAUUUCUUCUGCACCCUAAUUUUCUUUCUGUGCUCAUUUUCUUCAUGACAGCACCUGACCUAUUCACUUAUUGCUGAGCAAUCCACUACAUCCUGGUAUCUGUCCAAUAAUUUUGGUUACCCAACCGGUUUAAUGACAUCCUAAGGCUUCCUAAUUCCUGUAGUUUCUUGCAUAGACCUAAGAGUGGGUUAAGGAAUAGUCCCUGUGUUAUUCAGUUCCGGCUAUGCCACCUUGAUUCCAAUGACAGGGAAGAACACCCAGAUGCUACAAAGAGUUAACAUUUUUGUCUUUUUUUU